AGUGCCCCGCCUUGACUACGUAAUAUGUCUCCAUGCCUCAUGCCCCUGUCGGCGAGCUGUCAAUCAAGUCCAAAUAAUGCAGCAUAGUAGCUAAGGAGAGGACGGUAAAGGCGUCAGCGGAAGACCGCAGGUUGGCUGCGUUUGCAGCCGAGAGAGGAGCAGGGGAGGAGGUGGGAAGAUGCCUUCUCGAUCCUUUAACCUCGAUGCUCAGAGCUGUUUUCAUGACAAAUGGCUCAAAAUAGAUUUACAGUGGGCCUUCUCCGCCGAAGGUCUGAGCGAGAUGUGGAACGAAAUGGUAAAGGAUGAGGAGAUAACGUUUAACGUAGAGGACUCGCCGUACCCAGAAGACUGCUCGGGUUGCUUUAACUGUCAGAAGAAGGAUGAAGCCAACGAGGAGGAGGCGGCACCUACGGCGACCCCGGCUUUCCACCAUUCCAUCAUCGAGACCUGGGACUGGGGACGCCAGCCAGAUGAAAAAGAGCUAAAAGACUGCUUAAUGGUGCUGGUGGACGACCAGCAGAAGCUGUCAGCCCAGAUGGCCAAAAGCACGCUGUCAGCUCGACGUCUCUGCCAACGUCUUGUCAUCCUGGAGCGCUAUCACAUCUCGCUAAGCUACAGCAUGGAAGAAAAGGAGAAGUUUUCCUGGAAGACCCCAGUCAGCCUGCCGCGUCCCACCACUGACAAUAAAAUGCCACGCCCAGACAGCAAAAGUGUUGAAGGUUUGGCCAUGGUGGGGUCCCGGGCGGCGCUGUCGUUCGCUUUCGCUUUCCUGCGUCGGGCCUGGAGAUCGGGUGAUGACGCGGACCUGUGCAGUGAGCUCCUUCAGGAAUCUCUGGACGCCCUCCGAGCACUACCCGAGGCCACGCUGUUUGACGAGGGCACUGUGUCGUCCGUGUGGCUGGAGGUGGUCGAGCGAGCCACCAAGUUCCUCAGCGACAUUCAUGGAAACGCCAGCACCAAGGCCAAUGUCCCCCUUCAGGACCAGCACCUGGCGCUAGCCAUCCUGCUAGAGCUGGCUGUACAGAGGGGAACGCUCAGUCAACUGUUGGCCGCCAUCCUGCUGCUGCUACGCCUGUGGGAGAGCGGCACUCAAGAGAUGGACAACGAGCGCUCCACGCAGGGCACCAGUGCUCCCCUGCUGCCACUUCUGCAACGUUUCAAGAGCAUUCACAGCAGCAAGGAGGAAGCAAUUCUAGACGAAGAACCUGAGAUCCUCUCAGCACCACUGAGUCCAAACGAGAGUUUCCUACGUUACCUGACUUUGCCCCAGGACAAUGAUCUGGCCAUUGACCUGCGUCAGACCGCCGUGGUCAUCUUGGCCCACCUGGACCGCCUGGCCAUUCCUCGCAGCCCCCCGCAACUCAACUCACCCUCCACGCACAAGGGGAACAUGCAGGAAGUCAUUGCCUGCGGCCUCCUGGGUUGGAAGCUUUACGCCAACUUGAACGGGCCAAUCCAGUGCAAAGCCCUCGCCAACAUGGGCGUCACUCAAGUGGUGUGCUCGGAGAAGGGUUUCCUCAUCUUGUCCAACAGCGGCGCCGUCUACGCCCAAAACUACAAGAGCACCACUUUGGCACCCAUGCUCAUUUACGCGCUGAGCUCCAGGAAGAUUAUCAAACUGGCAGCCCACCCGGAAGGGCAGCACUAUUUAGCCUUGUCAUCCACUGGUGAAGUUUUCUCUUGGGGUUGCGGUGAUGGCGGACGGCUCGGACAUGGCGACACCACAUAUAUAGACGAGCCGACCAUGAUUGCCGCCUUCAAUGGGAAGCAGGCGGGUAAACAGGUGGUGCACGUAGCCUGUGGGAGCACGUAUAGCGCCGCUAUCACCGCAGAUGGCGAGCUCUACACGUGGGGACGUGGCAACUAUGGCCGCCUGGGGCACGGCUCUAGCGAGGACCAGAUGACGCCCGCGCUAGUGACGGCGCUGAAGGGUAUAAAAGUUGUGGAUGUUGCGUGCGGCAGCGGAGAUGCACAAACGCUCGCUGUCACUGAAAAUGGUCAAGUUUGGUCCUGGGGCGAUGGCGACUAUGGCAAGCUGGGCCGAGGAGGCAGCGACGGAUCCAAGACUCCCAAGCUGGUGGAGAAGCUACAGGAUCUGGACAUCGUCAAGGUGUGCUGUGGCAGCCAGUUCUCGUUGGCGCUCACCAAGGAUGGACAAGUGUACACGUGGGGAAAGGGCGACAACCAACGUCUUGGUCACGGCACGGACGAACACGUGCGCUACCCGAAAUUGUUGGACAGUCUGCAGGGUAAGAAAGUGGUGGAUGUAGCAGUGGGCUCAUCGCACUGCCUUGUCCUCACCGACGAUGGCGAAGUGCACAGCUGGGGUAGCAACGACAAGCUGCAGCACUUUGACACACUCUUUCACAACAAGAAGCACCCCAAGCCACUUCCAGGCCUCGAGUCUAAACACAUCGUGGGCAUCUCCUGCGGCCCGGGACAGAGUUUCGUGUGGUCCUCGUGCUCCGAGUGGUCUGUUGGCCAGCGCGUUCCGUUUGUCGUGGACGUGUGCCCCACGACCUUCGAGCAGCUGGACCUACUCCUUCGACAGGUCAGCGAGGGCAUGGACGGGAGUUCGGACUGGCCUCCUCCGCAGGAAAAGGAGUGCAUGGUGGUCGCCGCGCUUAACCUGCUCAGGCUUCAGCUUCACGCCGCCAUUAGUAACCAGGUUGACCCAGAGGAACUGGGUUUGGGGCUCGGCAGCACUCUCUUGAACAAUCUCAAGCAAACUGUGGUGGUGCUUGCUAGCAAUGCGGGCGUGCUCAACACUGUGCAGGCCGCUGCUCAGUCCGUCCUGCAAAGCGGGUGGUCAGUUCUGCUGCCCACUGCGGAAGAGCGGGCAAGGGCCUUGUCUUCUUUACUGCCCAAUACUGCAUCAGGAAAUGAGAGAAGCGUGACACCUGGCCGCCGCUUUAUGAUCGACCUGCUGGUUAGCAGCUUGAUGGCAGACGGCGGCUUGGAAUCCGCACUGAAGGCGGCGAUCGCUGCUGAGAUACAGGACAUUGAGGCUAAGAAAGAGGCCCAAAAAGAGAAGGAGAUCGAUGAACAAGAGGCUAACGCAUCCACGAUGCAGCGCUGCCGUACCAUGCUGGAUAAAGACCUCAUCAAUACCGGCAUCUAUGAGUCAGCUGGGAAGCAAAUACUGCCUCUAGUUCAGCUUGUUCAGCAACUUCUGAGGAAUAUCGCGUCGCAGACAAUCGCAAGGCUAAAGGACAUCGCACACCUGCGCAUCUCCAAUUAUUUAGAGGCUGAACAUGACAGUAAGGAGCGAUCUGCGUCUUUGGACCUUCUGCUACGAUUCCAGAGGCUGCUAGUCAGCAAACUCUACCUUGGGGUCAAAGAUGAGGUCAAUGUUUACGGAUACGAUCGGGAGCUCCUUGGUGUUGGCUCGCUGUUGAAAAAGUACAUCGCUUUGCUGUGCACCCACAUCGGCGACAUCCUCCCUGUAGCCACCAGCAUUGCCUCCACUGGGCACCGCCAUUUUGCUGAAGUAUCUCAUGUCAUUGAAGGAGAUCUGACUGGUGUGCUUCUGCCUGAGUUGGUGGUGUCUAUCAUCCUCCUCCUCAACUUUGAUGCCGGCCUAAUGCAGGAGACAGGCUCCAUUCCGCUCCUGGCUGGACUCCUGGAGCAUCUCGACAGAUUCAAUCACCUUGCACCUGGACACGAGAAGGACGAUAAUGAGGAUCUGGCGUGGCCUGGCAUCAUGGGUUCAUUCUUCACGGGCCAGAGCUCCAAAAAUAAUGAAGAGGUCUCCCUCAUCCGCAAGGCUGACUUGGAGAAUCACAACAAAGACGGCGGUUUCUGGACGGUCAUCGACGGACGCGUCUACGACAUCAAGGACUUUCAAGCUCAGUCCCAGUCGCUCACUGGAAACAGCGUCCUUGCUCAGUUUGCUGGAGAAGACCCGGUAGUUGCUCUGGAAGCCGCUCUGCAGUUCGAGGACACCAAAGAAUCCAUGCAGGCCUUCUGUGUUGGUCACUAUAUGGAGCCAAACCAGGAGAUGGUCACUACUCCCGACCUCAGCAGUCUGUCAUCCCCUCUCAUCGACACUGAGAGGAAUUUGGGCCUACUGCUGGGUCUUCACGCGUCAUACCUGGCCAAGAGCACCCCUUUGUCACUCAUGGAGCUCGAAUGUACCAGAUGGCUGCAGUCCUCCAUCUUCUCCGGGGGCCUGCAGACUAGCCAAAUCCACUACAACUACAACGAGGAGAAGGACGAAGACCACUGCAGCUCCCUGGGGACCACCGCGCCGGAUAAAGCCAAACUGUACACUCGACGGAUAACCCUCAGUGACCACGCACAGCCUUUCCUGCAAGCCAUCGCAGACAACAACACUCAGGACCACACUGUGAAGGACUUCCUUUGCCAAAUUGAGCGUUGCUGUAAGCAGUACCAUCUUAUCACACCCAUCACCUUCCCACCUGAGCACCCCGUGGAGGAGGUGGGCCGCCUGCUGCUGUGCUGCUUGCUGAAACAUCAGGACCUUGGUCAUGUUGCGCUCUCGCUUGUCAGCCAAUGUGCCUUGGGGGUGGAACAAGGGAAGCAGAGGUCACUCCCUAAAUCUGUGAUUGAUGUGUGCCGCAUGGUCUACCAGGCGAAAUGUUCUCUAAUCAAGACCCAUCAGGAACAGGGUCGUUCCUACAAGGAAGUCUGCGCUCCUGUCAUCGAGCGCCUGCGCUUCCUAUUCAACGAGCUGCGUCCGGCGGUCAGCAACGACCUGUCCAUCGUGUCAAAGCUGAAGCUGCUCAGCUCUCAGCCGCGUUGGCGCAGGAUCGCUCAGAAGCUCAUCAGGGAUCGGCGCAAGAAAAAAGUGUGUAAAAAAUCAGGUGAUGGAGAAGAGCCAAAAUUGGAGAAUGAGGGGACGAUAGAAGAAGAAACUCACAUUAACAUCAGUCCUUCAUCCGGUGAUAGGAAGUCGCCUACAAGCAAGACUGCCAAGGACAAAUGGGAGCCCAUUCUAAGCACAGUGGACAACGUCCACAAGUACCGCUGGCUGAAGCAUAGCGUUCACGGCGCCUACCCCCAGUCUAGCCUAAUGGCUAAAAUUGUCGAGUUUGCACUGAAAGAAGAGCCCCUGGAUGUGGAGAAAAUGAGGAAAUGUCUUCUGAAACAGCUGGAGAGGGCGGAGGUGAGGCUGGAGGGCAUCGACACCAUGUUGAAGUUGGCCGCUAAGAGCUUCCUGCUGCCGUCGGUGCAGUAUGCUAUGUUGUGUGGUUGGCAGAGGGUCAUACCGGAAGGAACAAACAUCGGAGAACCUCUCACUGACUGCCUGAAAGACGUAGACCUGAUCCCUCCCUUCAACCGCAUGCUCCUAGAGGUGACUUUUGGCAAGUUGUACUCUUGGGCCAUCCACAACGUUCGCAACAUCCUGCUGGAAGCAAGCGGACGCUUUAAAGAGCUCGGUGUCCAGCCUGUUCCGUUGCAAACUAUUACUAACGAGAACCCAGCAGGACCAAGCCUGGGCACCAUCCCGCAAGCCCGUUUUCUUCUGGCCAUGAUACACAUGCUAUCGCUAAAGCACGGCGCUAACAGCCUGAGCCUACUGCUCAACUCGGGCACACUGGCCCUCACACAGAGCAUCCUCAAGUUGAUUGGACCCAGCACUGAUAGCAGCGAUGAGGACAUGAGUUUAUCGGCGCACGGAGGCUCUGCCACCGUGCUGGAAGAGUCCAGGAAAGAGGCUGUUCCCAUGCCCGUUCCCGCCUCCGGGCCGGAACUGGCGGCCAUGAUGAAAAUUGGCACGCGGGUCAUGAGGGGAGUGGACUGGAAAUGGGGAGAUCAGGAUGGUCCAUCUCCGGGUCUGGGCCGGGUUAUUGGCGAACUGGGCGAGGAUGGCUGGAUCAGAGUCCAGUGGGACACGAGCAGCACCAAUUCAUAUCGAAUGGGGAAGGAGGGCAAAUACGACCUCAAGCUAGCAGAGCCGCCUCCUGCAGCUGAGCCCACCGCCGACGACUCUGACACGGAAGACGACGCGGAAGGCGAACCAGUGGAAAAGAGCAGCCACCCGACAGCCAUGAUGUUAACGAGUACCGUCAACCUACUCAAGACGUUAGCGCUGUCGUCUGGGAUUUACGCCGACGUGUUGCAAAAGGACGCCACGCGCACUCUUUGCGGGUUACUAAGGACGCUGGUAGAAAGCGCGGCCAAUGAUAAGACUGGCUGUCACACCCACAGGCUGGUGUCGCGGGAGCAGCAUAAGAGCUGGUGCACGCUGGGCUUCAUCCGCAGCAUCGCGCUUAUGCCGCAGAUGUGCAGCACGCUGAGCACCUCUGCGUGGAUCGGCCUGCUCAUCCGCAUUGUCGAGGGCAACCAGUCGUUUAGCGCAGUCACUUUGCAGCGACAGAUCCUCGCACUACGUCUCCUGCAAGCCGUGCUUCCCUCAUGGGACAAACUCGAGCGCUCCUCGGAUAUGAGGUUCCUAGUGGAGAAGCUGUUUGGCUUCUUGGGAAGCUUACUCAGCACCUGCUCUUCAGACCUGCCUCUUCUUAGAGAGGGUUCCCUACGACGCAGGAAAUCCCGCCCUCAGGCCUCUCUUACAGCCACUCACAGCAGCACGUUAGCUGAGGAGAUUGUAGGCGUCUUGCGUACUCUCCAUUCUCUCACACAGUGGAACGCACUCAUCAACGAGUACAUCAACGCUCAGCUGAGCUCCAUUGGAGAAGUCAUGGCAAACUGCCAGUCUGAAGCUAGUUUCCUGGAAGAGUAUUUCCCGGACGCCGAGGGUCCCAGAGUGGGUAGCCUCAUGGCUGUGCUAGCGGUAAUCGGCGGAAUCGACAGUCGUCUCCGGCUAGGCGGCCAAGUGGUCCACGAAGAAUAUGGCGAAGGCACCGUCACACGCAUCACGCCGAAAGGACGGAUAACCGCGCAAUUUCACGAAAUGCGCAACAGCCGGGUUUGCCUGCUCAGUCACCUCAAACCGUGUCCUGCUGUAGCCUUCAGUGUGCAGAAUUUGCCUUUUUCGGAUUCCAUGUUGACAGUCUGGGCUCAGCUCGUAAGCCUGGCUGGAAGUAAACUGGAGAAACAUCGAAUGAAGAAGUGCCUCAGUCGGGGCCUUACAGCGGACCAGGUGGAUCUCCACUUGCUGCGCUGGCAGCAGCUUAGGCUGUACAUCCUGAAGGCUGCACGGGCGCUGCUUUCGCACCAGGACAAACUGCGGCAGAUUCUCUCUCAGCCGGCGGUGGUGGACAUCGGACCAAACCCUGGCGAGGAUGCAGUGGUGUCAUCACCUGAUGUCGGAGAUCUUUCUCCUGAGGGUCCUCUUCCUCCGAUGAUCCUCCUGCAGCAACUCCUGUCCGCCGCCACUCAGCCGUCGCCCAUCAAAGCCAUUUUUGACCGGCGGGAGAUGGAAGCGGCAGCCCUGGCCGUGUGUCAAUACCUAGCCGUGGAGUUGGCCCACCCGUCCUCCCCGCUUUUUGAAGACAGCAGCUCCAGCGAGGCCACCACGCCCAUCACCGUGCAGCAGCACGUCCGGCCGCCCAAGCAGAAGAAGCACAAGACAUCGCCCGUCCCGCCUCUCCCCAUCGUGCUGCAGCUCAUGGAGAUGGGUUUCCCGCGGAAAAACAUCGAGUUCGCCUUGAAGUCGCUGUCGGGGACAACCAGCAGCGCCACGGGGGUGCCAGGUGUUGAGGCACUGGUGGGCUGGCUACUGGACCACCCUGACAUUCAGACGUCAGAAGUGUCGGAUGCUGACACCGUGUCGGACGAAGAGUCUGAUGAGGAAGCAUUUGAGGAGCUGGAGGAAGCUGAGCCCACAUUUACUGGGCCUCCAGGCGCAGUCGUGACAGAGAGCCAGACGUUCAAAAAGCGAUCAGAUUUCCAGAGCAUUUAUGACUACGCCGUUUACGUCCAAGAGAACAUUCAAGUGGACAUGAUGGUAAAGUGCUGCCGAACAUACGAGGAGGUGUACGACGGCGACGUGGGCAAAGUCAUUAAGCUGGACCGCGACGGCCUUGACGAUUUAAACGUGCAGUGCGACUGGCAGCAAAAGGGCGGAACAUACUGGGUUCGCUACAUUCAUAUUGAGCUGCUCGGGUUCCCGCCUCAAAGUUCUCCUUCACAUAUAAAGAUCGGCGACAAAGUCAGAGUGAAGCCUUCUGUCACCACGCCAAAGUACAAAUGGGGGUCUGUCACCCACAGGAGUGUCGGCGUUGUCAAAGCUUUCAGUGCCAACGGGAAGGACGUCAUCGUCGACUUCCCUCAGCAGUCGCACUGGACCGGCUUGCUGUCCGAAAUGGAAUUAGUGCCAAGCGUGCAUCCUGGAAUCAGGUGCGACGGUUGCCAGAUGUUCCCCAUCAACGGCGCCCGAUUCAAAUGCCGAGCCUGCGACGACUUUGACUUCUGCGAAAACUGCUUCAAGACACGCAAGCACAACACUCGACAUUCUUUUGGCAGAAUUAAUGAGCCUGGCCAAUCACCUGCCUUCUGCGGCCGCUCGGGGAAGCAGCUGAAGAAGCACCACAGUAGCCAGCGCGGCAUGCUAAUCGACGAAUGGUCGCGUGUCGUUAAAAGUCUCAAUGUCUCGUCAUCUGUCAAUCAAGCCUUGCGCCUUAUUGACGCCAGCGACCAGUGUUGGCAGUCGUCCGGCUCGCAGGGGAAGCACUGGAUUCGACUGGAGCUCUUCCCAGACAUCCUUGUGCAUCGGCUGAAAAUGGUCGUGGACCCAGCGGACAGCAGCUACAUGCCCUCUCUGGUUGUGGUAUCUGGUGGCAGCUCAUUGAAUAACCUAACUGAACUUAAGACCAUUACCAUCAACCCAACUGACACCAUGGUCAUCCUGCUCAGCGACUGUACUGAGUAUCACAGGUACGUAGAGAUAGCCAUCAAGCAGUGCCGCAGCUCCGGAAUAGACUGCAAAAUCCACGGGCUUGGCAUCCUGGGACGCAUCCGAGCAGAAGAUGAUGACCUGGCCACAGUUCCUUUCCUGGCGUCGGACAAUGAAGAAGAAGACGACGACAAAACGACCACUGGGAGUCUUGCCCGCAAGAAAUCUUCGGGUUUGGAGUCGUCUGCCACCAUCAGGACUAAAGUGUUUGUCUGGGGGCUGAAUGACAAAGAUCAGCUGGGCGGUCUUAAAGGAUCCAAGAUUAAGGUGCCUUCUUUCUCUGAAGCACUCUCCGCACUCAACGUGGUUCAAGUCGCCGGUGGUUCAAAAAGUCUCUUUGCAGUCACAGUGGAGGGCAAAAUCUACGCGUGUGGCGAGGCCACCAACGGCAGGUUGGGCCUGGGCCUGUCCAGCGGCACUAUCCCAAUCCCGAGGCAGAUCAGCGCCCUCAGCAACUACGUGGUGAAGAAGGUGGCCGUGCACUCGGGCGGGCGCCACGCCAUGGCGCUUACCGUGGACGGCAAGGUUUUUUCCUGGGGCGAGGGGGACGACGGGAAGCUGGGACACUUCAGCAGAAUGAACUGCGACAAACCUCGUCUGAUCGAGGCUCUGAAGACCAAGCGCAUCCGUGACAUCGCUUGCGGUAGCUCCCACAGCGCUGCCAUUACCUCAUCUGGGGAGCUCUACAGCUGGGGUCUUGGGGAAUACGGCCGUCUGGGACACGGCGAUAACACGACGCAGCUCAGGCCCAAACUUGUGAAGGUGCUUCUGGGACACCGUGUGAUCCAGGUGGCGUGUGGGAGUAGGGACGCACAAACAUUGGCUCUCACUGAUGAAGGAUUGGUGUUUUCGUGGGGAGACGGGGACUUUGGGAAGCUGGGUCGCGGAGGUAGCGAAGGAUGUAACAUCCCCCAGAACAUCGAGAGGUUAAAUGGGCAAGGCGUCAGCCAGAUUGAGUGCGGAGCGCAGUUCUCCUUAGCACUCACCAAAUCGGGCGUGGUGUGGACCUGGGGCAAAGGAGACUACUUUCGACUAGGACAUGGCACUGAUGUCCAUGUACGGAAGCCUCAAAUGGUGGAGGGGCUGAGAGGCAAAAAGAUCAUCCAUGUAGCCGUGGGAGCGUUGCACUGUUUGGCAGUUACCGAUUCAGGACAGGUGUAUGCAUGGGGCGACAAUGACCACGGGCAGCAGGGUAACGGCACCACCACCGUCAAUAGGAAGCCCACACUAGUGCAGGGUCUGGAAGGUCAGAAGAUCACCAGGGUGGCUUGCGGUUCCUCGCACAGCGUGGCCUGGACCACCAUGGACGUGACCACUCCUUCCGUGCACGAGCCAGUCCUUUUCCAGACCGCCAGGGACUCGUUAGGGGCUUCUUAUUUAGGCGUCCAGUCAGACACUGACUCAUCAGGAGCCAGCAACAAGAUGAGCGGUCAAAGCAACGUGAAGCCCAAUAGACCAUCACUAGCCAAAAUUCUUCUCAGUCUGGACGGCAACCUGGCCAAGCAACAAGCCUUGUCUCACGUGCUCUCAGCCCUCCAGAUCAUGUAUGCCAGGGACGCGGUGGUAGGCGCGCUGAUGCCAGCCAGCAUGAUCGUGCCAGUUGAACGUCCUUCCAGCUCUCCCGUGCCGCCGUUCGACUCUUCGUCCUCAUCCAGCGCCAGCGACGACGAAGGCUCUCUCGUCAUGGCUGAGACAGAGGCGCCGGUCAGCCCUAAUCCUUGGCAGGAUAAGAAGGGCGAGGUUCCAUCCUCCGAAGAUGCCGUAACGCCAUCGUCCGCUGUCACGCCGUCCGCCUCGGGCGCAUCCUCGCGUCCUUUCAUCCCCGUCACCGAUGACCCAGGAGCGGCUAGCAUCAUUGCGGAGACCAUGACGAAGACCAAAGAGGACUCCGAAAGCCAGAACAAAGUAGUGGGUCCUGAGCCUCAAUACCUGGAUGAAUUCUCAAGCCUGCUGGUGCCCGACGACACCCGUGUCAUAGUGGACCUGCUCAAACUGGCCGUGUCUUGUCGCUCUGGGGAAAAAGGCAAGGAUGUGCUGUCGGCCAUCUUGUCCGGCAUGGGGACUGCAUACCCUCAGGUGGUGGACAUGCUGCUGGAGCUGUGCGUUACCGAGCUGGAGGACGUGGCUACCGACUCUCAGAGCGGACGUCUGUCCUCGCAGCCCGUCAUCGUGGAGAGCAGCCACCCCUAUACGGACGACACCUCCACCAGUGGGACUGUCAAGAUCCCUGGCGCAGAAGGUCUUCGGAUAGAGUUUGACCGACAGUGUUCGACGGAAAGACGACACGACCCUUUGACGGUUAUGGAUGGAGCCAAUCGGAUAGUGUCAGUCAGAUCAGGUCGGGAGUGGUCCGACUGGUCCAGCGAAUUAAGGAUUCCAGGUGACGAGCUCAAGUGGAAAUUCACCAGCGAUGGCUCGGUGAAUGGCUGGGGUUGGCGUUUCACCGUGUACCCUAUCAUGCCUGCUGCAGGUCCAAAAGACUUGCUGUCAGAUCGCUGCAUCUUGUCCUGCCCUUCCAUGGACUUGGUGACGUGUCUCCUAGACUUCCGGCUAAACUUCACCUCCAACAGGAGCAUUGUGCCCCGUCUUGCUGCAUCUCUAGCAGCUUGUGCCCAGCUCAGUGCUUUAGCUGCCGGACACAGAAUGUGGGCCUUGCAAAGACUGCGAAAGCUUCUGACCACAGAGUUUGGGCAGUCCAUCAAUAUAAACAGGCUGCUGGGCGAAACGGAUGGCGAGGCCCGUGCCGUGAGUUUUACAGGCAGCGCACUAGCCGCCUUGGUUAAGGGCCUUCCCGAGGCUCUGCAAAGGCAGUACGAAUACGAGGACCCCAUUGUCCGGGGAGGGAAACAGCUGCUCCACAGCCCCUUUUUCAAGGUGUUGGUGGCUCUCGCCUGCGACUUGGAGCUGGACACUUUGCCAUGUUGCGCCGAGACACACAAGUGGGCGUGGUUCCGCCGCUACUCGACUGCCUCCAGGGUGGCCGUGGCACUAGACAAAAGGACAUCCCUGCCCAGACCUUUUCUGGAUGAGGUGACCAAAAAGAUUCGCGAGCUCAUGGCCGACCACGAGAGCGUCAAUGUUCUCCACGAGAGCCACGACCUGUUCAAACGUGAGCACGACGAGCAGCUGGUGCAGUGGAUGAACCGGCGGCCCGACGACUGGACCCUGUCGGCGGGCGGCAGUGGCACCAUCUACGGCUGGGGGCACAACCACCGCGGACAGCUUGGCGGCAUCGAGGGCGCCAAGGUCAAAGUGCCCACGCCCACCGAAGCCCUCGCCACGCUGCGGCCCGUGCAGCUCAUCGGAGGGGAGCAGACGCUGUUUGCGGUCACUGCCGAUGGAAAGUUGUACGCCACCGGUUAUGGCGCCGGAGGCAGGCUGGGUAUCGGAGGCACCGAGUCUGUGUCAACUCCGACCCUGCUGGAGUCCAUCCAGCACGUAUUCAUCAGGAAAGUGGCAGUCAACUCCGGAGGAAAACAUUGCCUGGCCCUCUCGUCGGAGGGAGAGGUUUACUCCUGGGGAGAAGCGGAGGACGGAAAACUAGGCCAUGGCAACAGAAGCCCCUGUGAUCGUCCUCGUGUAAUCGAGUCUCUGAGGGGAGUGGAAGUGGUGGAUAUCGCCGCGGGUGGAGCGCACAGUGCUUGCAUCACGGCCAGCGGAGAGCUUUUCACUUGGGGAAAGGGCCGCUACGGCCGCCUGGGUCACGGGGACAGUGAGGACCAGCUCAAGCCCAAACUGGUGGAUGCUCUGCAGGGCCACAGAGUGAUCGACGUGGCCUGCGGUAGCGGCGAUGCCCAGACACUCUGCCUGACUGACGAUGACAUGGUGUGGUCCUGGGGUGACGGUGACUACGGAAAACUGGGUCGAGGGGGUAGCGACGGCUGCAAAAUACCAAUGAAAAUUGAUUUACUGACCGGCAUGGGCGUGGUCAAAGUGGAAUGCGGCUCACAGUUCUCCGUAGCGCUCACAAAGGCAGGAGCGGUCUACACUUGGGGCAAAGGAGACUACCAUCGACUGGGACACGGUUCCGACGACCACGUUAGGAGGCCUCGGCAGGUCCAAGGCCUCCAGGGGAAGAAAGUGAUCGCCAUCGCGACCGGUUCGUUGCACUGUGUGUGCUGCACUGAGGAUGGCUCAGGAGAAGUGUUCACUUGGGGCGACAACGACGAGGGCCAACUGGGCGACGGCACCACCAACGCCAUCCAGAGGCCGCGGCUGGUGGCGGCGCUGCAGGGCAAGAAGAUCAACCGGGUGGCUUGUGGCUCGGCCCACACACUUGCCUGGUCCACCAGCAAGCCCACCAACGCUGGAAAGCUUCCUGCGCAGGUUCCGAUGGAAUACAACCACCUACAGGAGAUCCCUAUCAUGGCGUUGAGAAACAGGCUCCUCUUGCUGCAUCACAUCUCCGAGCUCUUCUGCCCCUGCAUUCCCAUGUUCGACCUGGAAGGGCGCUUGGGCCAGACGGGUCAGGGACCCUCCCUAGGCUUUGACACCCUCCGCGGCAUCCUCAUCUCACAGGGCAAGGAAGCGGCUUUCAGAAAGGUGGUUCAGGCCACCAUGGUGAGGGAUAGACAACACGGACCUGUGGUGGAGCUCAAUAGGAUACAGGUGAAGCGCUCUCGAAGGAAAGGAGGCCUAGCCGGACCUGACGGAACCAAGUCUGUGUUCGGUCAGAUGUGUGCCAAAAUGAGCUCGUUCAGCCCAGACUCUCUGUUGCUUCCCCACAGAGUUUGGAAGGUCAAAUUUGUGGGAGAGUCUGUGGAUGACUGCGGCGGCGGCUACAGCGAGUCCAUCGCCGAGAUGUGCGAGGAGCUCCAGAACUCCCUGACCCCGCUUCUCAUCGUCACCCCCAACGGACGCGACGAGUCGGGGGCUAACCGGGACUGCUUCCUGCUUAACCCCGCCUCCAAAUCGCAAUUGCACAUGAGCAUGUUCCGGUUCCUAGGCGUUCUUCUGGGCAUCGCGAUCCGCUCCGGAAGUCCGCUGAGUCUCAAUCUAGCCGAGCCGGUGUGGAAGCAGCUGGCCGGAAUGAACUUGACGAUUGCUGACCUCAGUGAGGUGGACAAGGACUUCAUUCCUGGCCUGAUGUACAUCCGAGAUAAUGAGGCCACGUCUGAAGAGUUCGAGGCUAUGACUUUGCCCUUCACUGUGCCCAACGCCAGCGGUCAGGAUAUUCAGCUUAGCUCCAAAUACUCACACAUCACGCUGGACAAUCGGGCAGAAUACGUGCGACUCGCCAUCAACUACAGGCUGCAUGAGUUUGACGAGCAGGUGUCAGCGGUGCGGGAGGGGAUGGCUCGCGUCGUCCCUGUUCCUGUGCUCUCACUUUUCACGGGAUACGAACUGGAAACUAUGGUGUGCGGUAGCCCCGACAUCCCUCUGCACCUUCUGAAGUCAGUGGCCACCUACAAGGGCGUGGAGCCCACGGCCCCGCUGGUGCAAUGGUUCUGGGAAGUCAUGGAGUCCUUCUCCAACACGGAGCGCUCGCUUUUCCUGCGCUUCGUCUGGGGGCGCACGCGACUGCCGCGCACCAUCGCCGACUUCCGUGGACGCGACUUUGUCGUACAGGUGCUAGACAAAUACAACCCUCCCGACCACUUCCUCCCCGAGUCGUACACAUGUUUCUUCCUGCUCAAGUUGCCGCGCUACUCGUGCAAGCAGGUGCUGCAGGAAAAACUCAAAUACGCCAUCCACUUCUGCAAGUCCAUCGACACGGACGACUACGCCCGCAUCGCACUGUCGGGCGAGCCGGCCGCAGACGACAGCAGCGACGACUCCGACAACGAGGACGCCGACUCCUUCGCCUCCGACUCAACGCAGGACUACCUCACCGGGCACUGACCGACCGGUUAGUGGGAAGUCUGGCCCAGGUGGAAUUUUUUUUUUUAUUGCUCACAUUCCUGCAGGUUAAGACUCACUCGUCUGUGUGUGAAUGUGUGUGCGCGCGCAACCAGCUGUGAAACAUUACGAGCUUAGAAGAAGAAGAGCCAUCCCGUGAUUGUUAUGAUUUAUUUAUAUUCUAAAGAUGACGUUAGUGUCUUUGUAAAUAGGAUCAACAGUAGCUUCCCCCUUUUUGUCUCUGAAUGAUAAUAAAUAAUCCUUUUAAAUUGUAGUUAUUGUUGCUCACGCGUCGGUCUACUGAAGUGUCCGUCAACACGGCGUCUCCCCGCGAAUGUCUGUACAUAAAUAUACAGAAAUAAAUAUGACUGUGCCAUGGAAUUUCACGGAAAACUGUCG